UUUAUCAUUGUAGGGGAUGGAAUUACACAGAGGAUUUGGACCAACAUAUGCUGAAGAACUGCGUUUACAUCCUAUGCAAAUCGCAUCCUUUUAACACAGGCAGAUGCACAUAAUCAUACAACAAAUACUUACUGCAAAUAGGCGUCCGGAUUUAUUAUAGUCACCUGACGGAUUAGAUUAAAGCUACAAACCUUCGGAUUAUUCUCCUUUAGUCCUGCCACGUUAUUGUACAGUGUGAGAGAUGCCUGGGUUACAGCAUCCAAACACUACUGCUGGUGUUUUGCACACAGAUUAUGAAUGGAAGUACGAAUACUAUGAUGAUGAAGAGCCAGUUUCAUUCGAGGGACUCAAAGCACACAAAUAUUCCAUUGUGAUUGGCUUCUGGGUGGGUCUUGCAGUGUUCGUCAUUUUUAUGUUCUUUGUGCUCACUCUUCUGACCAAGACAGGAGCUCCACAUCCAGAAAGUGCAGAACCGUGUGAGGAUUGUGUACACCUCACUAGCUGUGUUGAGGAGCUAGGCCGCCCUCGGGAGCCAGAGAACUCCAGAGCUGGUCUACCUCGACCUUUACUGGAGGAGUCUCGUUUUCUCUUUAACUGCUACAUUAAUGAAGAAGAGCAGGCAGCAGAACGGUCCCUGAGCCAUGCCCGCAGAGCUCACACACGAUCAAACAGCAGUGACUCGAGUGGCCAGAUGAAAACCGGUGGCCUAAUUGUUCAGAGUACACAACUGGAGAUGAUGGAAGAUAAUGAGGCAACUUUUCUGGCUCAUUUUAACAUCCCAAACUUUGUGAACUCUGAACUCAGCUCCACACUGGGUGAAGAUGACUUACUGCUGGGUGAACCAUCCAUAAUAAUGGAAAGGGAAACUCAUUCUCACAAUACUAGUCUCAUUAGAGACUAAACACUUGAACCACAGAAUUAUGCCAAAAUGAAAAUUAGCCUGACUGGAUCAAACAUGUAAGGAUGCUAAAUAAAUCUCAUCUAAAAAGCAGCCUGAAUCCAUCUCUGAACCUAUAACAUUAUCUUACACAGAACACAUUAAUUUUGUCAUACAGUAUAUCUCUACAGGUACACUGCAGGUUUUUGCAAUUUCAGAGGUAGGCCGGGUCACUGUAAGACCGUAUGAUGUGUCUCUUGUAACUGUAACCAAAACGUGUCUGUUAUCUCCAUCUGUCAACACCUCCUUAUAGUAUUUCUCUUAAUAUUCUAUGUGGAAAUGUCAGUUGCAAAAAAAAACAUCAUUUGACCGAACAAGAAAAAAGUUGAAUGAAAUGACAUGACCAAAUUAGAUUAGCUUGUUUUUAAAUGUUUUUUUUAAUAAUGAUCACAACACAACAAUUCAGAUAUGUAAUAGCAUUAAAUGUAAGGUUUGUAUGUUCAGUAAAGGUCUCUAAACUGUAAAUAAAAUAAAAUAAAAAACACGUGUCUAGAAGUUGAAACAAAACAACUGGACUACAACUGCUUUAGGAUUGUUUAGAUACACCAAAGAUUAUUAAAUUGCUCAAACAUUCUGCUGGCAAAUUUAGUAGUAAAAGUGUUAUUAAAGAUUCUAUAAAGUAAAAUAAGAAGAUUGCCACCCUAAGGACAAAAUAAUUACAUUUAACACAUUGAUAUCAUCAACGUACUUGGUAGGUUAGGUUCAGAGAAUUUAAAGAUUUUUUUUUAUUAUUAUAACAAAAAUGGUCAAAUAGUGUGUUAUGCAUUGAGAAUGGAAAAAAAACUAUGC